ACACCGACAAAACUACUGAAAAUUUGGUUGAAAUGAAUGAAUCUGAAACACUUGGUACCGCUAACAAAACUAUUGAAAUUUCAAGGAAAAAUGCAGAUGCUUAUGAAGAUCACAGUGUUAAUGCUGAACUUAAAUCAUUAGACCCUAGAAAUUUUAUUGAAAUUGGAUUAAAAUUAACACCGGAAGAAAAAAUAUCUAUUAUCAGAAGAGGACCUUUUCAACCAGAAAAACAUGAACUUAUGGAGAAAAAUUAUCCCCAGGAACAUGGUCAUCGUUUCAAUACUAAUCAGUAUUAUAGAGUUUUACAUAGUGGUGAGAGAAUCAAGCGCGAUUGGUUAAGUUUUAGUGUUAGUAAUAGUCGAAUGUAUUGUUUAUACUGUAUGUUUUUUGGAAAAAAUAAACAGAGAUCGUGGACAGUUGACGGAUUUCAUGCUUGGCAAAGAUUACAGGAUAUAAGUUAGCAUGAAAAAACUGA